AUGUCACCGCCAGCAGGUUCUGAGGAGAUGGACCUGGACAAGUUCUACUGGGCUGUGGAGAAAGGUGAUGUGCAGAUUGUAAGGAGGGGGCUGGAGGCUGGGGUGGACGUCAAUGUCAAGAGGGACUGGAGACACUGGAAUGACUCGACACCCCUCCAUGUGGCCAGCAAGUACGGGCAGACUGAGGUGGCGGAGCUGCUGAUUGAGCAUAAAGCUGAGGUGGAUGCGAGGGCCGAGCUGCUCCAGUCCACACCCCUGCAUUGGGCUGCUCUCAUGGGCCGCACCGGGACUUGUGAGCUUCUGAUUCGUCACGGGGCAGACGUGAUGGCACGGAAUAAGUUGUCCGUGUUGAACCCGCCACUACUGACCCUGACCUUCCCCCCUGUACAGAUCCAGAACACACCCCUGCAUCGGGCUGCUCUCGAGGGCCACACCGGGACUUGUGAGCUUCUGAUUCGUCACGGGGCAGACGUGAUGGCACGAGCUAAGUUGUACGAAUUAAAGGUGAGACGACACAAUAACGGCAGCCAAUGCUGA